UCCUGCGGGCAAGGAACGGGCGUAACGCUUGAAGCCGCUGUGUUCUCUUCUUCACACUUUCCUCGCCGCUGCUCCCGCAGGCCGCAGUCAUGCGCAUCUUCCUUCUGUCAGGGCAGAGCAACAUGGCCGGCCGCGGCGGCGUGCACCAGCGGCGGUGGGAUGGGGUCGUGCCGCCGGAGUGCGCGCCGGACCCCUCCAUCCUCCGUCUCUCCGCCUCGCUCGCAUGGGAGGAGGCCCACGAGCCGCUGCACGCCGACAUCGACACGACCAAGACCUGCGGCGUCGGCCCCGGGAUGGCCUUCGCCCGCGCCAUUCUCCCGGAGCUGCAGCCCCCAGGCACCGCCGGGGUAGGGCUCGUACCGUGCGCCGUUGGCGGCACGGCCAUCCGGGAGUGGGCCCGCGGGGAGCACCUGUACGAGCAGAUGGUGCGGCGCGCGCGCGCCGCGACCGAGUGCGGAGAGAUCGAGGCCGUGCUGUGGUACCAGGGGGAGAGCGAUGCAGAGUCCGAUGCCGAAACGGCGGCAUACCAGGGGAACGUGGAGAGGCUGAUAGCAAAUAUCAGGGCAGAUCUUGGGAUGCCGCAUCUACCAUUCAUUCAGGUUGCUCUCGCAUCUGGGAAUAAAAGAAACAUCGAAAAAGUGAGGGAGGCUCAGCUUAGCAUUAACUUGCUGAAUGUUGUAACUGUGGAUGCAAUGGGUCUGCCCUUGAACGAAGAUAAUUUGCAUCUUACCACUGAAGCACAAGUAAAGCUUGGAGAAAGUCUUGCACAAGCCUACAUCAGUAACUUUUUACAAGCAACCUGCUAGGAGACCCAAAAAUGUCAUGAUAGGUAGAAUGUCAGACCCAAAAACCUGCUUGGUACUCCCUCCGAUCCAUCUUAAUUGUCGCAGAUUUAGUAUAACUUUAGUACAACUUAGUACUAAAUCUGCGACAAUUAAUAUGGAUCGGAGGGAGUAACAAUUUUAUUAUGAUAGUCUGUUCAUUCUUUAUUAUUAUCUACCUAUAAACUCUAUAAGAGGGUCGUCACUUGUCUUUCUGUAGGUGAAAUUCUUCAUUGUUUUGUUAGUUGUACCCUCUUUGUGUUUCUUCUUGUAUAUAUAUCGUGAAAGUUUCAGCAUUCAUAGUGCAUAAACUUACCUAUCUCUUGUAUCUGAAUUAAAACAAUAUAGUGUACAUGAUAAUAGCAUUUUUAUUUCAAACUGGAA